AUGACUACAUUAACAGUACGAGAAGCUGUAUACUACUCAGCUCAACUCCAACUUCCUGAUUCCAUGUCAAAAUACGAGAAGAAGGAGAGAGCUGAUGCAACAAUUAGAGAGAUGGGAUUGCAAGACGCCAUGGACACAAGAAUUGGAGGGUGGAGUGUGAAAGGACUUAGCGGUGGACAAAAGAGAAGAGUUAGCAUUUGCAUUGAAAUCUUGACGCGCCCAAAGCUUCUCUUCCUAGAUGAGCCUACUAGUGGCCUUGACAGUGCAGCGUCUUACCAUGUCAUGAACCGAAUUAUCAGACUUGCCCAACAAGACAGAAGGACAAUCAUUGCAUCUAUCCAUCAACCGAGUAGUGAAGUUUUUGAGCUUUUCCAGAAUCUUUGCCUUCUCUCCUCUGGUAGAACCGUCUAUUUUGGCUCCACUUCAGCAGCAAAUGAGGGAGGCUAG